AUUCUCUUCGUUUAGUUCUGUUUUCAUGGCUUCUAAUCUUUGUAGCUGACUUUAAAUCUGUCAUGGAUCCGAGUCCGGAUGCAAUUAGGGUCGUUUUGCCCGCUUUUUGAUUGUGUGCAUGUAUCUCGUUUCCGAUCCGAAAACCACACCUACCGGUCAUCUAACCCGAUCUCUCAACCCGUUUCGAACCGGUUCUGUCGGGCGGGUUUGGAUGGCUGUUAUCAUGUACCGAGGCGGGUCGACUCGCCAUCGUUUCUGUAUUUAUUUAUGAUUGACGUUACUUAGCCUUGGCUUGGAGUCCGAAAUUUCUGUGUCUCUGAAGAGCCGUGAAUAGAAUGUCUCUCAGUUACUUUGUCUUUGGAAAACAAUGGCUACUAAAAAUAUCAAUGAAUGGAAUAUGUAGUUGAAUUGCUUUUUGAGACUAAGCUUGCUCUUCGCAGUAGGGUUGGUGUGGUUCAUGCAAUGGAUAUGUCAGAUGCUGUAGCUGCCAAAUCAAGUCGAUUGAAGUCUGUUGUAUGGAAUGAUUUUGACAGGGUUAAAAAAGGUGAUGCAUAUGUGGCUAUAUGUAGGCAUUGUAAAAAGAGGUUGAGUGGAUCUAGUAGUAGUGGAACAUCUCAUUUAAGGAACCAUUUAAUCAGGUGUCAAAGGAAAUCUAACCAUGGAAUAUCACAAUGCAUUGCAGUAAGAGACAAGAGAAAGGAAGGGGCUCUUGCAAUAUCAAAUAUCAGUUUUGAUCAAGAUCAGAAAAAAGAUGAUGACCUUCACUUGUGAACAUUAAAUUUGAGCAGGAGCAGUUAAAAGAUGACAUAUUCAGCAAUGGAAACAAGAACUUUGAUCGAAGACGGAGUCAGUUGGAUCUUGCUCGCAUGAUUAUUUUGCAUGGGUAUCCAUUGACUAUGGUUGAGCAUGUUGGUUUUAAAGUAUUUGUGAAAAAUCUUCAGCCACUGUUUGAGCUCAUGACAGUGAAUAGCAUUGAGGCUGACUGUAUUGAGCUUUAUGAGAAAGAGAAACAAAAGAUGAAUGAGAUGUUGGACAAAUUACCUGGUAAAAUCAGCCUUAGUGCUGAUGUGUGGGUGGCUAUGGGUGAUACUGAGUAUCUGUGUUUGACAGCAAAUUACAUUGAUGAAUCAUGGCAGUUAAGAAGGAGAAUCCUAAAUUUUAUCAUGAUUGAUCCUUCUCAUACUGAAGACAUGCUUUUGGAGGCUAUUAUGACGUGUCUGAUGGAUUGGGAUAUUGACCGUAAGUUAUUUUCCAUGACAUUGAACACUUGCUCUACCAGUGAUAACAUUGCCAAGAGAAUUGGUGAGCGCCUUUCACAGAAUAGGUUUCUUUAUUGUAAUGGUCAAUUAUUUGAUAUACGCUGUGCUGCAAAUAUUAUCAAUAUUAUGGUUCAGGAUGCUUUGGGGGCAGUAAGUGAAAUAGUCAAUAAGAUUCGAGGAAGUAUUCGCUAUAUCAGAAGUUCACACACUGUACUGGAAAAGUUCAAUGACUUGAUUAAAGAAGUUGGGAUCCAGAGUAAAAAGUACUUAUCUCUGGAUAACCAAAUGCAAUGGAAUUCCACCUAUUCAAUGCUUGAGACUGCCUUAGAAUUCAGGGAUGUCCUUACUCUUUUACAAGAGAAUGACAAUGCCUACAGAAUCAAUCUUUCCAAUGUAGAGUGGGAGAGAGCCACUGCAGUCACUGGCUACUUGAAGUAUUUUGCUGACGUUACAAAUGUUCUCACAAGGAGCAAGUAUCCAACUGCAAAUAUUUACUUCCCUGAGCUCUGUGAUGUAAAGUUGCAGUUGACAGAAUGGUGCAAAAACUCAGAUGAAUGUAUUAGUUGCUUGACAUUAAAGAUGAAAAGCACGUUUGAUGAAUAUUGGGAGAAAUGUAGCUUAGGUUUGGCAGUUGCAGCAAUGUUAGAUCCUAGAUUCAAGAUGAAAUUGGUAGAGUAUUACUACCCGCAAAUCUAUGGUAGCACUUCCACAGGUCGCAUUGAUGAGGUCUUUGAUGGUGUGAAGGCCUUGUACAAUGAGCACUCAAUCUGCUCCCCAUUAGCUUCUUCUCAUGAUCGGGGAUUGGCCUGGCAAGUUGGGAAUGGUGUACUUUGCUUACCAGGUAAGGACUCGAGGGAUAGAUUGAUGGGGUUUGACAAAUUCCUCCACGAAACUUCUCAAGGUGAAGAUAUGAAAUCAGAUUUAGAAAAAUACUUAGAAGAACCUCUCUUUCCACGAAAUGUUGAUUUCAGCAUAUUAAAUUGGUGGAAAGUACACACUCCUAGGUAUCCUGUCUUAUCCAUGAUGGCAAGAAAUGUGUUAGGGGUUCCAAUGUCAAAAGUUUCACCAGAUUUGGCAUAUAAUAUCAAUGGAAGAGAGCUUGAUCGCGAUUGGAGUUCACUUAACCCUGUCACUGUUCAAGCUUUGGUGUGUUCACAAGAUUGGAUACAGGGUGAACUGGAAAGUUAAUGCACUGUUUUCCUUCUGCCUUCUGACUUGUGUUGAUUCUUCACUUAAGAAUUUCCUUUGUAAGUUAGAUCUCCUAACUUCUCAAGUCAGUUGUCCUUAUUAUCAUGUCCUAUUCUAGUUUUGUCCACCCAUUAUGCAUCGAAACAAGUUGAUUUUAUAAAUCUUAUUCUUGGCAUCUUUUAUUCUUUUUUUAAAUUGUUUUGGCGAUCUCUUGCAUCUUGUGAAGUCUUCCGGUUACCUUUAGAAACAUAUUCUUAAUAUGCCAAGGGAUAUCCUGGUGUUAUACAAUUUAUCCCAAUUACCAUGCACCGAAAUGUCAAUUGAUCUGCUUAGCCUUCUUUGACUGAAGUCCACUCUUGGCCUUGUUGGAACUUCUGGAUCCCAGGCCUUUCUAUGGGGUUUUGGAGCUCCAUAGAUAUCUAAAGAUCGGAAGAACCUCCUUCCAUAUGGAUUCAGAACGAGUUUGGAUACCUAUUUGGUGACAAUCGCAAAUACCUUGUCUUGUUGAGACCCCCAUAACAAAAACAGGAUUUUGUCUCCCCUGUACAUCUAUAUCAUAGAUGCAUUGCAUUCCACCUGCUUUAUGAACCUCCAUAAACAUUGUUGUGAACGUCAGGUCUCAGCCAAGAAAGUGGUGUCUGGUUGGGGUGGCCUUUAAUCAGGUGCUGAAGUCGUAAAAUUAUCGAGGGGCAGCUAAGGUCAGAUCCUUACUUGGUAUUUUCACAAGAAAAGGAUUCCAUUUUUUUAUAUGUCUACCAUGUCUCUGCCUUUGUAAUUAUGCUCAACAAUUUCUGUACAUUCUCAUUAAAUUUCAAAAUGUAUAUGAGCAUAUUUUUAA